AUGGCAGUCGUCGUCCUUCUCCUGGUAGCCACUUUGUCCAUGACUGCUGAAGCUUUCAUUGGUGGCUAUGGGAUUGGUUUCCCUGGAUACGGCCUUGGCAUCGGUAAAUAUGGAUUUGGUGGAUAUGGACUCGGCGGCAUGGGAUUCGGCUAUGGUGGGCUCGCAUACGGACUUGCUGGCUAUGGAUAUCCUCUGGGUGGUAUUGGAUAUGGUCUGG